UGCAGGAAGCGCUGCUCCUCCGCUUAGGGGCUGGAGAAGUUGGCGGGGGGAGGGAUCUGUAACGUCUUCUGCGAACUCCUGUCUGCCUUUCAUAACGUAAUUCUAACUAUAGCCGAAGCUCCGGCCUCUCAUAGGGCUUCCAGCUUUUCCCCGUCCUGUUGGAGCAAUUAAGAAAAACACCGGUGUGAUUACUUCCUACUUGCUCCUGUCCUUGUUGCCGAUGUAGAUGGAGCUUAGGAUGGAAGACCUCAAGCGCUGUGGCACUUGGAGAAGUGAGGUGUUUGCAGCUGCAAGCAGCAGUAGCAUACUUGUUACUGUAAGAUACAACACUGAUGUAGCUGAGACCUAAGUGUGCAGGGCAGAUGCUGUUUUAUCUAGCUCAAGGCUGUGCAGUAUUUGUACUUUCACAUGGCUAAGAAAGUAGUUGCUAGAGAGCUUCUUCACUGGGAGUUUGCGUCUCUUUACAAUAUAUUGAUAUUUGCCUGAGUGUGCUAGAGUAUUAAAAUGGAAUUUACAGUUCAACACACAUGGGAUGGUAUACCUGUGAGCCACGAGCCAGUAAUGGUCAGCCUGAAGUCAGGCAACGCAGGACUGCUAAUGGAAGUUAGUGCUCCCUUCUUUAACGAUCCUCCAGCACCACUUGGAGAGCCAGGGAAACCCUUUAGUGGACUGUGGGACUAUGAGGUUGUAGAAGCAUUUUUCUUGAGUGACAGAACCGAGCAGUAUUUAGAAGUUGAACUUUGUCCCCAUGGGCAACACUUGUUGCUGCUUCUUUCUGGCAGAAGAAGAGUAUGGAAGGAAAAACUUCCUUUAGAAUUUGAGGUGACCAGAAUGGAAACCAAAUGGGAGGGUAAAGCUGUUCUUCCUUGGAAUUAUUUUCCACCAUGCACUAACAAGUUUAAUGCAUUUGCAAUUCAUGGCUCGGGAGCAGAGAGAAAAUAUGAAGCACUUCAUCCUGUGCCUCAACAUGAACUGCAAGAAGGACAGAAACCGGACUUUCAUCGCCUGGAAUUUUUCAAACAGUUGAACCUGAAAGGACUAAUGGGAGAAAACUGGAAGCAGCCUGAAUCAGAGAUAUGGAAAUCUGUCACUGAUUAGCAAAACAGAAUGAGAAAUCCUAUACUUUGACAGGAUUAAGGUUGGAUGAAGCUGUAUGGAAAUAACAUCUUCAUUUUAAGUAGAGUUUCAGUAUGUAUUUGUAAAUAUGUGAUUAGCAAGGCUUUCCUUGA